AUGCCAAACGGCCAGCACCCUCCUCGUGUCAUUGUCGUGAAACAGGAACACCCGGGCGGGGAUUCAUUUUCAUCCCAGCACAAUUCCCGAAAGGAGGGUAACCGUGAUGAAUCUGCCAAUUCAGGCUGGAAAGAAACUUUCUUCAAGGUUGUCGAGGGAAGUGCGACUGCGUUUGGCUCAAUCGCUGUGCUUGGUUUGGCAGGAUAUUCCUACCACACCUACUACAAGUAUCUCGUGCUACAAAAGAUGGAGAACGCAUUUAGUGCCGGGUUCUCUACUCCCGAGCUUAUCGCGCUUGCGCGACAUGCAGUUCCUUCCAAACUCCAGUUGGAAGCAGCUCUACACGAAAAUGAACUGGGCCACCACGAAUGGAUCCCGAGAACCGAACAGCCUCUCGUCGAUGCAAUCUUAGAUGGCAGUCUCCAGGGGAGGUACCACCUCAUCACUGGGGAAAGGGGCUCUGGAAAAACAUCCAUGAUCCUCAAAGCAAUGAGGCGAGUUCACGGAGACGGGAUCGCCAUGCUCGAAGCCCACGGUGAUCCAGAAAUUUUCCGUCUCCGCCUCGGCAAAGCCCUCGACUAUGAAUUCCACGAGGACUACGUCGGGAGCUUGUUCAACUUCAAGGGCCCCCGUGACUCAACAGCCACUCUCGAUAUUGAAAGGGCGUUCAACAAAAUGGAAAAGGUAGCUUUGACCAGGCGGGCACGAACCGGAAAGCCUCUCAUCCUCGUCAUCAACCGCGUCCAUUUAUUGCGGGAAGACGACCACGGCCGCAACUUGCUCGAGCUUAUCCAGCAGCGAGCCGAGCUCUGGGCCGCCAGUCGCCUCGUGACAGUGGUACUUACGAGCGACGAUCACAGCAUCACAGAGCGCCUCAGGUGGCAAGCAACGCGCUUGAGCGUAGCAGACAUCCACGAUAUCCCCCGCGGACCCGCCCUUGCCUCCCUCAAAGACUUUCGAGCGAAGGUCUUCAAGGAGGCUGUGCCGGAGAAAAUCCUAGACCAUGUCUACAACAGAAUCGGUGGGCGUGUCGGUUUCCUCGACCAUGUGGCCCGGUCUGAGGACAUGCUCCAUGCCUGCGACCUAAUCUGCGAGCGGGAGAAGCGCUGGCUCCUCGGGCAGUGCUGGAUCCUGGGUGGUGACAUUGACGAUAACGCCGAGGACCAACAAGACUUCUCAGCCGCUGCGAUGGUGCUGGCCAAAGCUCUUGUCGAGAAAGAGAAGAACAUGGUCCGGGAGGGCAUCACCGACGGCCGGCUGCCAGAGAUACCCCUCCACGAGGUGAGACAGAUCAUGACCAGGCCGGACCUGAUUCAGCGGCACGAUCACGUCAACAUCUUCUCUAUUGACUCCAACUCAAUUGUGCGGGCUGACUCGGUGCCAAUGCAAAAUGCAUUCCGUGAGAUCUGCGCGCAGGAGGGCUUUGAGGAGCACCUUCAAGCUACACUAGACCGGUUGGAUGAGUUGGAAAGUCUAGGAAGGACGAGGGAGAUUAAGAUGAAAGACCUUGUCAACGACGGAGAGUUCCAAGCACUGAUUCGCUCGGCUAGGGGCAACGGGGAGCCUCUGAUGGUCACUGUUAAGGCGGCGUCUGCAGAAAAGGGCGGCGAGUGA